UCUCUCUCUCUCUCUCUCUCUCUCUCUCUCUCUCUCUCUCUCUCUUAUCAAUAAUAGAAUCAUUGUUAUCACCACCACCACCGCCACCACAACUAAAGUCCAUCACCAUCACUGUCCCGACGGAGCCCUGCGCGUGUAGAGGAAAGCGAAAGGAGGACCCACGGAGCCACACACUCUUACAGACAUGGCGCCCCAGUGUAAGAUAUGCGACUAUAGGUUCUGCGCGGAGGAGAGGCAGCCCCUGAGCCUUCCCUGCGGCCACACCUUCUGCAGCUCUUGUGUGAGGCGCUUCCUGAACUCCGGGCGCUCGCUUAAGUGCCCCACGUGCCGGAGGACCCACACCCUGGCUGAAGGCGCCGCGUUCCCCGUCAAUUAUGCUAUCCUGGAAGACAUUAGUGCCACCUCCACUCCAGAUGAAACUCCAGACCCGUCUCUUCCCUCGGACAGUGUCACGCUCAUCAUCCGAGACUUGACAGAUCACACGUUUCGCCUCAAGGUCCCUCUGAACGCCACGGUAAGGGAGGUGAAGGAGGCGCUGCAGAAGGACCACGGCUUCGUCCCUCAGAACACGCGCCUCCUCUUCCGCGGCCGUAGACUCGACGACCACAAGACCAUCACCUUCUACAACAUCCGGACGGGAAAUAUUGUACAGAUCACGACCACGUAUUUAGGAGGUCAUCUUCUUGCCAUGGCUGAGACUACUGCUACUGCUGCUGCUGGUUCUGCUUCUCCGGGGUCGCUUUCCCUUCCUCCUCUGUCUCCUCCUCGUUCAUCUGGUACUUCUGUUUUCACUUUACUUGUUCUUCCUUAAUCUGCUGCUCCCCCCACGUGAGGAUAUAUAAUGCUUUUGUCUCAUUUCGAUUUUUGUUUUAUUUUAGGUUCCCUCAGAUUUUAAUUCCCCCCCCUUCUCCACCUCCUCCUCCUCCUCCUCCUCCUCCUCCUCCUCCUCUUCCUCCUCCUCCUCCUUUUUUCAGCCUCCAAAACAUUGUAUCUUUGGGUGAACCAGAAAUGUUGUCUUUGAGGAGGAAAAAAAGAAUAGUGUUCCUCUUGUGUUAAGGAAAAUGUUUUAUUUUUAUUUUUAUUUUUUUAGAUGAGAGAGAAAUAUUAUACCUUAAUUAAAGAUGAAGAAAAAUAUUGUUUGUCAAGAAUCAUAAAUAAAUAAAUAUAACCCUUUUUGCAGAGAAUAACAAAAAAUAUGUAUUUGUUGAUUAUUGCUGAUUAGAGGCAUGGUUUGCGUAAAGGAGUAUAUGGAAGUUAAAAAAUAUAUAUGCUAUUUUUUUUUUUAUGAGAGAGAAGAUGGGUUGUGUAAAUACCUAGUGUGAACUUAAUGAAAGCUGGAGAACUGAACUCUCGCCUUUUCCAGAACCUUUGUAGAGACAUUUAUUCGGAGCAUGAAGCACUUCUCUUUUACUCCUAAGUGCACUGCCUUUCAAAGGGCAAUGUUGUGAAUCUAGUGUUUGAACUUUUGGGGGCGCUUAAAUUAUUCCUGGAAAUGCUUCUGUUGAGUCACUUCAGUGAGGUUUUGUGAGAGCCCCGUCUUACAUACUUAACAGAUAUAUUUGAAUAGUUAAAUAGGUUGAAUCUUAAGCUACAGGGCAAGGGAAGAAAUGUGCUUCACCAGAUGGACUGUCUUCGUGCAUUUCCUGCCAAGCUCCAGAAUUGGCAAAGGAAAGUCGGUGCCGGGAAUGUUGCCAUGUUGGAAAACCUUUCAGCUGUCCUUGACGAGAAUGAAGAUCGUCUGCUUGACCCAUUACUCAAAACUGAAGUCACUCAGUAUCUGAAAUCCUUGGAAAGUGAACUUAAAAUGUGCUUCCCAGAAUUCGAGGAAGAAGAAGAAAAGUUGGUGAGGAAUCCAUUCACUGGCAUUCUUGAUAUUGCUACCAUUCCCAGUGAUGUUCAGGACGGAUUUCUUGAUCUCAAAAUUGAUCCUACUGCUGAAGAUCUCUAUGAAGAAAGAUCUCUUGAAUGUAUUCUGGUGUUCAAUGUAUCAGUCACAUCCAAAAGUUAGUCAGGCUGCACUUCGACUACUCCUGCCUUUUUCAACCACCCAUUGAUGCGAGUCUGGUUUGUCCACCCUUCUACAAAUCAAGAAUAAGAGCCGGAACCGACUGGAUGUGGACCCCGACAUGAGAUGUGCAUUGUCCGCGCCACAACCUCGGAUUCGUCGACUGACUGAGAAGUACGAUGUCAGCCUUCUCAUCGGGGUGUGAUAAAACAUGCAGAGGUUAAUUUAACUUUUCUCAACCAAAUCCAAAUUUGCUGUGAGGCUAGCGUCCACUAGUCUUGUGUAGUCUGGUGUUGUAAGUAUUUCACAAAAAUCUAUCAAAAUAUAAGAUAAUUAUGGUUGUCAACUUUGUGAUAAAGCAAAGAUGUUUUCUU